AGCUCGAUCGAUUGAAGAAAACUCUUGGAAAACUCCAAAAAAUUUUCACAUCAGUUGAUAUUAAGCCUGAUAUCAAGCUUCCGAAACUUCCGGAAAUCAUGAGUUCCUCCUGUUCCCAGAACACAGAGCAGGAGCUAAUGGAGGACGAUGGCAAUGCAGAAGGGAAGGAAAAUGUUGCUGAGUUGGAGGGAAAAGUUGCUAAAUUGAAAGCAGCUACCGAGGUGAAAAUGGAAAAGUAUUGUGAGAUUAUAAAGCUCAAUGCUGAGCUUUACGUUUCCCAUGAAGAAAGCACAAUUCUGCAGGACAAAAUAAAGAAGAAGAUGAAUUUGGUUUCCAAUUGCAUUGGAAGGCAAAUGAAGGAUAUAAAUUUCAUACAAGAACAUCUUGCGGAGGAGAAGGCAGAAUUUAAGGCGAAAAUGGGGAAGAUGAAAUCUACAGCAGGAGGCGUGGUGUUUGGGAGGAAAGCUCUCAAAUUGGCAGAAAAGACACCUGUCAACUUGGAAGAUCAUGAAGCGCUGAAGGAUCUUCUCACUGCCAAGUUGAAGAAGCUAACCGAUAGGAAUUCAGCUCUGAAGACUGAAUUGGAGAAGAAGCAAAUUGUCACAGAGGAAAAACGUAAAAUGGUUUCACGGGAAAUUGAGGCAAAGAAGAUGAAUAUUGGGAAUAAGAAGAAGGAAAUGAAGGCGUUAAAGGCUGAGCUGGCAAAUGUUAAUUUGCAGAUAAAGAAAAAGGAGGAAGAAAAUUUGGCAAAAUGGGCAGCCGAGACCGCUAAGAAGGAAUCCCUUGAGCGAAAAAUCAAUCGUCUUCAGGAAGAGCGAUUGACUUUAAUGAACCGUGUGUUCAAGGAGGUGGAAGACGUUAAGAAGUUGAGAGAGAAGGACGCUCAGCUAGACAGGAAGAUUGCAAAGAAGCAGAGUGCUAAUGAUGAGAUGAAGAAACAACUGGAAGAGGAGAACAAACAAGUGCGCAAAGCCAUUGAGGGUAGAAAGAUUGAGAUUAAACAGAUCGAGGAGAACUGUGAGAAGUAUCGUCAACGUAGGGAUGAAUUGAAGAAUAUCCUCAAGGAUGAUGCCGUAGCAAAGGUUGAGCAGCAAAUUGAGAAAACCACUGCUAAGAUUACGAAGAUCCGUGAGAGCAACAUUAAUCUGGAAAUGAGUCUCCUCGGACGAGACUUGGUGGCACCAACGAUGUACUCAGACAGCUCCCGAAACAGCAUUAUUGCUUGGAUGCGAAAUAUUGAGACUUCCUGCCACGACGAGAGCAACAUCGAGGCAAUCAAUGAGAAUCCCACCAUCGAUUGCGAGGUCUCCUCAACUUACCAAUGCGAUGAUAAUUUUGACUUCAAGUAAUUAUAUUUUUUCCUAUCAUGGGCUACCAAUCAAACUCCCAAUGAAAUCCCAUUAAAAAGCCCAGAAGCCAGUCGCAAUUACAAAGAAGUAAAUAGCCUAAAGACAUUUCAAAUUGUAUAAAUCCAAUUAUUGAAUUACUGACGUGUUCAAAAACACUUUAAAAAAUACUAAAAUGAAUUACAAAUUAUUGAAUAAAACGAAUAAAACC